AUGGUCUCCUCUCACAGGCGGUUGGCGCAUCGCCGCGCCAAAUGCAUCCUCUCAGGUGUCGCUCGCGACAUUCUACCCGGCGAGGCCCGGUUCUACUCGUUCUACUCUCCCUCGCUCAAAGGCGGCUUGCACACUGUCAAAGUCAGUCAAACUAUUUCAGCGCCCCCCGACAAAGCCGCCGAGGGACCCGAUAAAGACAAGCGCCGCGAAGAUGCCAUCGCCGAGGAGUCGCAGAACCUCUAUGUCGUCGCACCCAAGUUCAACUUGCCUGUCGGGUGCAUUGAUUCGAUGUUUCCAGCCCCUGGUGCAAUGACCGAGGUGACAGUGCUGCCUCACAUGAGCUUCAAGGACCCUCAUCUCCCGUGGGAACGAGAAGCUGCCUAUAGCCCUGACGAUGCUUCAGACAAGGACGAAAAAGGAGACCCCCGUCGCCUGACGCCGUGGAUUGCACUGCUGGCCUUUGCCGUCGACGAGCUGAAGCUCCCUCCGGCCGACCUCGCCGGCCUUCUCGCGACGGUGACCACAGAGGUCGAUGGCAAACAGAGUGAAAGUAUGGCUGUCCGCAUGAGUGCCGGGCAAAUCCCCAAGCUCGGCGAAAAUUCCCGUCUCUGCAAUGCUAUAUCGUUUGACAAAGACGAGGACGCACGGGAGACAGCAGAGCCCAUUGAUGUCAUCUUCCUGCCCAAGAGCCUCUUCGUGCCGCUCUUCAGCAAGCCAGGCAGUGUCACGGCUCUCGACAACACCAAGCACAAGUAUCUCGCUCACGUUCGACAAGUGGCAACCGACGGUAUGGCGGCUGCCGGGUCUGAGCUCGGCUCGGAUCCCAAGUCUCUCGAAGCCCUCUUCAGCAUCGUCCUGUCCCAUCGUACAGGACCCAUCGGUGCCCCAGUGCCGACGAACAUGGUCGUUCACCUCGUAUCCCUUGAUAUGCCAAAUAACAUCACGCUGCCUCUCUCGGAGAAUGUCACGCAUGCCGCUCUUCUCAGUCUUCACAGUUGGACUUAUACCUGUAGGCCCUCAAACGAAGACGCAAGCUCAUUUUCCCGUUUGACGCAUCUCGGCAAUACAUUAACGGUUGCGCGGCCUGAGCUGCCAGAAGACCGACCUGACAUGCCAUCAUCGCCCUCAGUCAAAGACCUUGUCGAGCAGCGUCAGAGAGACGGGUACACGCUCGUGCGUCAUCGGACGGUAACAGGGGAAGAAACGGCUGCUAUGGUGCGAGGACCCUUGACGCCGACCUUUGUGCCGCACCCGCUGCGCGAGGGGUUUGUGAUGCAGUCCAAUUUUGGCACCGACCUUCAGAUCCUCGAUCCAGAUAUAUCGGUGAUGGACCUCACCUACGCCAGUGCCUGGCAGCUUGGCAAGACAUUGGCCAUGGGUGAUCAAGCCUUCUGCGUCGCUCUUUCACGCCUGCGCAUGGCCAUCGACUCACAAUCUCAGGGUGCCGCCAAGCGCGAUGUUCACAUGGCCAUCGGCGAGUAUGCGUCUCGUAAAGAGACAGUCUCCCAUGUGUUUGACCUUGUCCGCGGCCUUAACGACCUCAAUGAAAACCUACUGCAGAGUGAUCGGGAAGCUGUUAAGGCCGCCACGACCGCCAGCGGCCGCCGAUGGGACGUUGAACACAAUGACGUGCAGGUCACGGAUGGAAGGCACGGCAGCAUCGAUACGUCGCGACGCUCGCAGCAUAUGGCACCUCGGACAUCAGCGCACGCCGACGCCGCUGCAGCAUCCUUCGCUCUUGCGACUGACGGCACGCUCUAUAACGAGCACAAUGUGCCGACCAACACGGACAGCUCCUACGUUUAUUCGUGGAUCAUUGAUAAGGUUCACCUCGCCAAUGUACCCGCCCACUAUCUCGUGGUUGAACCAUCCCACUUGCCUGAGGAGACGCUUCGCUUUUGCUACUUUGACGAGAACUGGAGCGAUGCUCUGAUCGACGGCGCCUUGAGUCUUGCCAACCACUGGGCCAGCGAGCCUUCUGCAGAUGAGAGCCGCGCAGCCAUUAAAAAGGCCGUGAACCUACGCCUCAGGACCCCCGAUGAGAAGUUGGGUCAUGUUCAAAUGCCCAAGUUCGGCUUCCUCAUGCGCUCUGUACUACUGGCUCAGUUCCCGGAUAUGACUGUCAGCGUAAAGUAUGCAAAGAGCUCAACGCUAGGGGCUGCAUCUGCAAGUUCAUCAGGCCCUGAGGAGCCCAUACUUUUGCAGAAGCGGCUCGCACCUGAUACCAUGUUCUGUCUGCUUGAUCGGGCACCACCCGAGCUCGAGGGUAUCACCUUCACGCUGCCACCCCAUCAACAGUGCUUCACCAUCGGCGGCUCCCUGACUACUGAAGAUCUGACGGUGAACUUUCGGCGCAUCUACACCGCCACCGAGGUCAAAGAGCCGGCGAAGCGCAGGCUACCGCUGGGCAGGCCCGAGGUCUUCAAGCCGACGGACACCACCCCCGUAUUCGACUGGAACUUACGCACCCUCCAUGUCGAAGCUUUUGCGAACCUGCAGCUGAAACGCCUGCGCGAUGGCCUCGGCGACGAAUUCAUUGACACAAGGGCGACCUCGGCCUUGCUAGCACUGCAACUCAACGAUCCCAUCCUGCAACUUGACAUUGGCGACUUGUCGAGGCAGGUCUCAACAAGGAAGCCCACCGUUUUUCAGUUCUCCAUCCCUGAGGCCAAACGGGCUCAACCGCCUGAAUUGUCGCCCCUCCCUCAGCGCGUCUGGUCCGGCGCAUUACCGAUGCACCGUCCAAGGCCCCCGUCACCUCGUCAAGAAGCAGCACUCAUCGCUGAAUACGCGGAGGCCGCCAGGCAGGUUUCAAAUUCACUCGCUUUCGAUGCGGCUUCCGCCCCAAUUCCUGACCCUCCAACAUUUGACGAGACGUUUGCCAACCGGCCCAAGUUUCGCCUGAAGGUCUACCCUGUGCGCUCACGCGACUUUGUCCCCAGUAACACAGGUCUACCCCUCGACCUAGUCUUCAGCAUCGUCUACGUCGAGGGCCGUGCCACCGAGCGCCUGCGCCGCCUAACAGUCGAGGUUCCCUGCGGUGCCAUGCCCUCCGAGGGCCGCGGUGGCGAGGAUGAUCCGCUGCUGACGCUGCUGAGUGAAAACGCCGAUCCGCCAACGCCUACCAUGCUGUCGAACCUGCGCUUCAACGUGCUCAAGAGGUGGAGGGAUGACGAGAAGGGACGAGGACGCUAUCUUGUUUUGGACCUCGUGCCACGGUCCAAGGAUGGUGUGCCCGUCGACAAGAUUAAGGAGGCGAGCUUCUUGCUGAGUCGGGCGGACAUUUGUCUGUACGAAGGUGCCGAACCGAGGCUUCCAUUUGUCAAUCUUAAGUAUGAUUAUGGCGACUGGGGGGACAAGAGGUGGAAUGAUGGGAGGCGGGUCGAAGUCAGGCCAUUGCCAUCGAAGUCUGAAGUGCCGCCGACUGAAUGA